AUGCCUCGAGACGAACUACCCUCGUUGCUAUUGCUUCCAUUUCCUCCCGACCCCUCAAGUCGCUCGUUGUUAAACACGGCAUAUCGACCAUCCAUCACUGCUGCACUCUCAAGGCUAAAGCGACCAAAUGGCGCCUCUAAACUCACCGUAGCUGUCGAAUGCCCAAUUUUGCACGGCCAGUUCUUGCGGUCCAAGACCCUGUCAUGGACCGAAGCCCAGGCUUUGGUAGCCGGCAUCUACACCAUCAUCUCCGUCGUCUCUGCUCAGCUUGGCAUCGGCACCGAAAUUGACGGCGGGCCAAACUCAGUCGAUGCCACAGUCGUUUUGAUUGACCACAACCGCAACAAGCGCUUCACUGAAGACUUCCGCCCUGUCAUUGAGACCAACAACACCACCGUGAUUGACCUCGCAACCUUUGCCUCGGCGUAUCACCCAUGGAACUACAUCUUCCACGUCCGAAGCGAAGUUGGGCUUCAGUUUUAUCAGACCUAUCUCAAGCUCGCUGAGGGGAGGCAAACAUUGCUGCAGGAGCAGUUGAUUCCUGUCGAAGGGGGCAUCACUAUGAAUGUUGCCCCCCAAGGAAACAUACCACGCCCAACACCCGCUCGGACGCCGGGGGUCCCUGUCGUCUGCCUCGGUGGAACCUUUGACUAUCUACACCCAGGUCACAAGCUUCUCCUCACCGCCGCUGCGCUGUUGUUGAAAGUCCCAAGAAAAGACGACGCCAAUAUGCAACCUUGCACCUACAUCAUCGGCAUCACAGGCGAUGAGCUUUUGAAAAACAAAAAGUAUGCCGAGUUCGUCCAGUCUUGGGAAACCAGAGCGAGGAAUGUGAUUUUGUUUCUGUCCCGGAUUCUCGAGCUCUCGGAAAGAGGAUGGAAAGGCACUCAGCAGCCGCGACGAGUGGAGGAAAGGGACGGCGAUGUCAAGGCUUGGUUUAGGGAUGGGACGAUUCUUGUUCACUGUGUCAGGAUUCAAGAUCCUUUUGGGCCGACGAUCACGGUGGAGAAUGUUGAUGCGUUGGUUGUGUCUGGGGAGACGAGGUCAGGAGGCAAGGCAGUGAAUGAUAAGAGGGCUGAACAGGGGUGGAAGACGUUGGAGGUGUUUGAGGUGGAUGUGCUGGAUGCGGAGGAUGUGUUGGAGGAGAAAGAGGGGACCAAAACAGAAGAGAAUUUCUCGGCGAAGAUCAGCAGUUCGGCGAUACGGCAGCAGAGAGCGUUGGCGAGGCCGGGGACCAAGAUAUGA